UUGGUGGGGGGGGGGGGGGGGGUAGUUGGAGUGCGGGUGCCAUGGACGAGUUCCAGUCGGGGGAGGAGACUGCUUUUGUGGUGGAUGAAGUGAGUAACAUCAUUAAAGAGGCCAUAGAAGGCGCAAUAGGUGGCAAUGCCUAUCAACACAGCAAAGUAAACCAGUGGACUACAAGUGUGGUGGAACAAACUUUGAGUCAACUUACAAAGCUGGGGAAGCCAUUCAAGUACAUUGUGACCUGUGUGAUUAUGCAAAAAAAUGGUGCUGGACUGCAUACAGCAAGUUCUUGCUUCUGGGACAACUCCAGUGAUGGAAACUGCACUGUGAGAUGGGAGAAUAAGACUAUGUACUGUAUCGUCAGUGCCUUUGGACUUGCAAUAUGAUUGCCUUGGGAUCAUUCAGCUUCUUAACCAAGUCUCUUGAAUAUCAAUACUUCCAUUCCAUGUCCACUCCAAACUGUGAAAACACUGAAAAACUUGUUUUUAAUAUACUUUUUAUGUAGCUUUUCAAGCGUAGAAAUGUGAAGAACAAUUUGUAUGUUGUUACAUGGAUUUUGUACUUAAUAUCACACCAGUGUUGACGCACGGUCUUAAACACUUCAAGGACCUCUUCAAGGUGCUAAAAAAAUGAAACCUGCUGCACUGUAAACAUUUUCUUUAGAUUUGCUUUCUGAACUUAAAUUAAGACACUAACUUUCAUACUUUGUACUCUUGGUUAACAUUAAAUUAUUGAAGUUCAUAA